AGUAGGUGUUGGGGAGUGAGCGUUAGCAUGUCAGUAUCACCCUAGUGAGUGGUCACUAUCACGGGCACGGUCUUCACUCAGACCAGACACAAAACGUCACUAGGAAGUCUCACUGCAUCGUGUUCUUUAAGUAAACAAAUUUGAAUUGAUACAGUGCACGAGUAACUACCUAGCGUACAAAAUAAUAGUCUAAAUAAAUCAUAGCACAUUUACCCAAAGAGAAGGAUCCCAGCUUUGCAUCAUCCUGCAAGUGCUUCGGACGACAAUGGCGCGUGUCCUCGGGUCUCACCUGCUGGUGAUGAUGGCCGCCCUUACUACUACUGCAGCCAGCCAGACCUCAUCGAAAUCUAACGCCUCAGCUCUCACUCUGGAUCCUCAUGAGGUGAAUCUAGUAGUGGGCGACAGCUGUUCCCUCACACUCACCCACAGGGGUGAGUUGGAGGGCUGCGUCAACGUCACCUUCGAGUUCACCAAGACCAUAGCCGAGGAGUUGCCUCCCAUGGAGUUGUGUGAUUCUUCGGAUGGCGACUCGUGGGACAUACAGAUCAACACGACGCACAACGGCAGAGCAACGGUCUCUCUCAAGGCCUCCCCUUCUGAACUGGUGGAAACGAAUCCUCAUGAAGCUUUCUGUCUGGUGUCGGUGGUGACUGACCCUGCCAUCACGGUAGCCGGGGACGUGUUGGGCUGGAUCUACACCAUCGCCUGGGACAUCUCCUUCCUCCCACAGAUCGUCCACAACUGGCGCAGGAAAAGCGUGGAUGGCCUCAGCUUCGACUUCCUCACCUUCAACUUUAUUGGGUUCUUCUCUUACUUCAUCUUCAACAUGGGUCUCUACUGGCUCCAUGAGAUAAGGAAUGAGUACUUUCAACGACACCCUACACGUCUUCUACACGUGAGGCUGAAUGACGUCAUCUUCCCACUGUAUGCUGUGCUGUGUACUGCUUUCCAGAUCCUUCAGUGCUUCCUACUCCACAGAGGUCCGGGACAGCGGGUGUCGACCACGUGUCGAGUCAUCUCUGGGCUGAUGGUGAUGUCAGCGGUGGUGGGGUGUAUCUUAGUGCCUGUAGUUGAUUCCCUCCUCUGGCUGGACCUCCUCUACUGGCUGUCUUAUCUCAAGCUGGCCAUCACCUGCAUCAAGUACACCCCCCAGCUAUGGGAAAACUAUCGUCGCCAGAGUACCGAAGGAUGGAGCAUCUGGCAGGUGAUCCUAGACUUCACAGGCGGUUCCUUGUCACUCUUGCAAAUGUUCCUGCUGGCUGGUAACUACGAUGACUGGUGGUCAGUGUUGACGGACCCAGCUAAGUUAGGCCUGGGUCUACUCUCCGUUUUCUUUGAUAUUUUCUUCUUCAUCCAGCACUACUGCCUCUACAGAAACUCUGGACAUGGGAAGACUUCAGAGGAGAAGACCUCAAUUGUGUCACUGGAGAAAAAUACAAAGGGUAUUGACAGCCCAGCCAGUGAGCUACACGCCAACACCCACAUGUAAACCACUGCCAGAAACUUCAUGAAGGCAUCCCUCACCUGUGAAGCUUUUAGUAUUACAGGUAUUCAUUUUGUAAGUUUAUUCUGAUGACUUUGAAUGGCUUAUAUUUAAAGUACUUCUAAAAUGAUAGACCUCACUGCCAGUGUGUGUCUAUUUAAGUUACUGUGGCUCCAGUAAUUAAAAAAAACAUGCCAAACAUCUGUUGACACAGUGGUAGUGUCCAGAGUAUUGAGCUACUACCCAGUAUUAUUGUCAGUAUCACUAGAGGUCAGUUUAAAGUUUUGGAAGCACAAAAUGACAACUAGCUACAGUAGAGAACAGUAUGCAGUUUAAGUUAGUGCUGAGGACCAAGUAGGCCCAAGAAGAGAAAAAACGAAGGCAUAUAUGUCAAGAAAAAUGAGAAAAUCAGUAAGGUAAAAAGAAUAAGAUAGACUAUCCAAAACAGUGGUGAAUAUCCAACAAGAUAAGUUGGCUCAAUACCCAAGUACUGUACAGUAUAUAGAAGGUGGUGGUGCUGUGACUGUGGCACAUACCAAUGCAAGCAACCUGAAAAAAAGACAAAAAAGAAUGAUUUUUUCCACAUCAACUUUACCGAUUUGUUUUGUCGUAGGUUCCUUCUCCUAAGUGUGGUAACUCUUGGAGGCAGUUGUGUAAUGUGUGAAGCACGUGUAUUGUGGAACAGUUCACUGGUGAAAACCAGUUUGAUAUGUACUGUAUGUGGUGCUCAAUAUGAAAGAUACUGUACUAUACUUUACAGUACAUGUUAAUUAAUACACCAAUGUAUAUAUACAGUAAACUCCCCCAAGUCGGACUUAUCCAAGUCAGACACAGUCUGAGUUACCGUGGCAUAUGCAUGAGUGUAACUGGCCAUGUGGUACAACACCAGUCUCCAACUGAUCUUUCUGUGAUACCUGAACUGUCGGUUAAUGUGAUGGCACCCAGCAGUGAUUUAAGUGAUUAAAUACUGACUACUGUACAGUACAGAAUUAUAGGUCAUUAAAUUUAAGUUUAGUGUAACUACAUUUACUGUAUAGUGUAAUUAAGUUUGGUGUAAUACAGUACUGUACAUAUUCUACUUUAAUGUUAAAUGUGUCAUACCAGCCAAAGUGCAGGAGUUCUCUCCACUCACCAAGGCUCCAGCAAUCAUAUGGAAAAAGGUACGUGCUCUGGAGUGUUCAGAUGUUAUUAUUUCUUUUAACAGUUUUGUUACAGGUAUUUCUUUUAAUAGAGCAUAUACAGCACAUUAUAUUCUUUAGGGAUUUGGUAAGCUUUGAGAUAUUUUUGACAUUAAGGAGCACCAAUGGAGGUUAAUACCUCUUUGUCAUACUUUUGGUGAAGUCGGACUGACGUAAUCUCUAUAUACUGUAGUCUGACUUAGGGAAGUUUUAAUUAGCUUUGACCACUUAUUCUGCAAAUGUUUUCAAAGAUAAAG